GCCCUUCUGGGUCUCUCUUCGCGCCCGAGAACAUGGCGGCGGCCGCGUGGGCCGCCCCGGGCCGGGCUGUGCUGCGGACCGGCGCUGAGCGGCUGCUGCGGGGAGGAGUUCGGGAGCUCCUCCGCCCGCGACGUGAAGGGGGCGUCCCCGGCCCGGAGCGCGACUUCAGCCUCUCUCACAAUCGGGGCACGGUCAUUGUGGAGCGCUGGUGGAAGGUUCCGCUAGCGGGAGAGGGCCGGAAGCCACGCCUGCACCGGCGGCAUCGCGUCUACAAGCUGGUGGAGGACACGAAACACCGGCCCAAAGACAACCUGGAGCUCAUCCUCACGCAGUCGGUGGAGGAACUUGGAGUCCGAGGUGACCUGGUCUCAGUGAAGAAAUAUGUGGGCCGUAAUCGACUACUUCCUCAAGGACUGGCUGUAUAUGCAUCUCCUGAAAAUAAGAAGCUAUUUGAGGAGGAGAAAUUGCUGAGGCAAGAAGGAAGAUUAGAGAAGAUCCAGACCAAGGCAGGUGAGGCGACAGUGAAAUUUCUGAGAAGUUGUCACCUGGAGGUGGGGAUGAAGAACAAUGUCAAAUGGGAGCUAAACCCUGAAAUAGUUGCUCGCCACUUCCUCAAAAAUCUUGGUGUUGUGGUCGCCCCACAUGCACUGAAGUUACCAGAAGAGCCCAUCACACAGCGGGGCGAGUACUGGUGUGAGGUGACGGUAAAUGGACUUGACACCGUGCGGGUACCUAUGUCUGUGGUGAACUUUGAGAGGCCCAAGACCAAAAGAUACAAGUACUGGUUAGCCCAGCAAGCUGCCAGGGGAAUGGCCCCCACCAGUUCCCAGACGAUCUGAACCUUUACUCCCUCGAAAGCAGCGAAGCAGAACCAGAGGAGCAAAGACGGACCAGCACUGUGAUAUCGCUCCCAGCUCUGACCAAAUAUGGAAUUUGAGCGAGCAUAUGGAGACACUGGACACAGGCACGCACAUACAUGUUGAAUUGUCCAUAUUUGCCAUCUUCAUCUUCAACCGUUAAGCACAGCUGGCCUCACUGUGGCAGUCCUGCUCCAGGAGUACCAGGCUGUAGAUUUGAUAAGCUGUGUUAAUAGACCAAAAGAGUCUAGAUCCGUUUAGCCUCUUCCUCCACUGGAAUUCAGUGGAACAAAUGGAAGAGCUAGCGCAUUCUUAUCCAAACUGAACAUUUGUAUCCUAGGGAGAAAUAAAGAGGUUGUAUUCUU